GGGAGUGAUGCUUGCUGGGGCAAGAACUUCACUAUCCAGCAACAUGGUUUGAAUUCUGAAAGAUUUCCCUACAAGGGAAGAACUUGCUGGAGCAACAUCAUCUGGAUGAAUCAGUAUUAGCCUCUGAAGGUGAAAUGAAGCAUCAUGAAAGACUCUGAUUCUGAGGUUUCCAGUUGUCAGCAUUCCAAAUUUAGAAUGUUUAGAAUGUUCAGGGGAUGAAACAUUUGAUGAAAUCCUGGGAAUGUGAUAUAUGCUUCUAGUUGCUCCCUCAAGAGGCUUCCCUUCCAUGCAAUUGAGCUAUGGCAACAGACGAGAAUGCCAUUCCAGUGGGAAUGUCUAAUGAAGGGAUAGUUAUUUUUUCUCCAAAUCGCACCCACUUAAUCCAGGCAGGCCAAGGGGUCUCUGCUGCUGUUAUCGAUUCAUCAGGGGUAGUACAUUAUAUAGCAAGCCCCAGCAACCCUCCUCAGGAGGAGCACCAGGUGGGGAUAUGUGAGAAACUCCUUAAUGUGGAUACCAAAACUCUGGGGUACUUCCAGAUCAUAAUUGGAGUGAUACAUAUUGCCUUGGGGGCUAUCUCAGCAGAUCUUGCUGUUUCGUUUACAGAAUAUACAUCUAUGAGCAUUAAGGCAGGUUAUCCUUUCUGGGGAGCUGUAUUGUUCAUGGCUUCUGGAUCCCUGUCAGUGUUAAUGGAGAGACAUAUGAGGCCUCCCAACCUGGUGAAAUGGAGUGCAGUAAUGAACUUUUUAAGUGCUGAAGGGGCACUUGUUGGUACUGCUCUCUAUAUAACAGAGCUGAUUCAAAAUUCAAAGUUUAUAGGUGCUAGUAUCUGUAUCCUGCUCCUCUUCUUCAGCUUGGUGGAGUUCUGUAUCGCUGUUUCAAUGACAUUUUUUGGAUGCCAGGAAACAUCGAAGAAGAAGAAGAAGAAACAGUCUAAUCUCCCAGCUUCUAAGAAGGAAAAUACCUAAAAGUUUUGACAGACUCCAUUCAUCCCAAAUGUGGAAAAUGUGAAAGCAACUGCACUGGAAAGGUUCUGCUUAAGAAGGACUGGGAUGUUCACUUUCAUGAUAAGAGAAGUAGCCUCAAUGAAGAA